UAGCGCUCUCAAGUCAAACCUCUUCGUUGAACCUGUCGGAUCACCCCGGCUAGCGUACCAGCAGCUGCCAAACUUGGCGCUGCGAAAGGCGGAGAAUGGGAGGGCGAUUGCGAUGAAGCCCCGGCAGACUUUCAGGCUGCCUGUGAAUCAUGCGAGAAGUCGAAUGAUGCCGUUGCGAAUGAGAACGGAAGCCGACAAGGCAGCGAUGUCCCCAGAGAUUGACAUGCCUUCUCUGGUUUUAGCCCUGGAGAAUGGAAAUGUUCGCAGCAAAGAAGACCUGGACAUGCUGAUGGCGCGAACACCCCUUCCUGAUCAUCCCAAGAUGGUCACAGGGGUGUUGGACAACGGUCUUCUCUACACCAUCUUGCCCAAUGGAUCUCCUUCAGGACGGUUCGAGUGCCACUUGCAGAUCAAGGCUGGUUCUGCUGAUGAGACGGUGGAGCAGCAGGGGAUGGCUCACAUGUGCGAGCACGUGUCUUACAUGGGGAGUCGCAAGCGUGAGAGGCUGUUUGGCACAAGCUCGCAGACGAAUGCUCAGACAGACUUUCAUCAAACGGUCUAUUGGGCUGCCUGCCCAACCUACCGGCCCACCACAGGAAAGCCGAUGCUUCCACAGGCUCUGGAUGCGUUACUUGAUGUGAUCGAGGCGAGAUUUGAUAACAAUCGGGUAGAGAAAGAGAGAUCUGCCAUUCUGUCCGAAGCAGCCAUGGUGAACACGAUUGAUUAUCGUGUAGAGGUUCAACUUCUGUCAGCCUUGCAUGCUGAGAACAGGUUGAGCAAGAGGUUUCCAAUCGGUCUCAUCAACCAGAUCCAAUCCUGGACUACUGACCAAAUUCAAGCGUUCCACACAGCUCACUAUCGCCCGAAUAAUGCUCACCUGUUUGUCAUCGGAGACAUCAACCCGUUCGAGGCGGAGGACUACAUCAAGUCCAUGUUCAGCCACCUUCAGGCCAGAGACCCUCCCAAGUAUCUCCCCUCGGAAGGAGUGGAUGAGAUCAGUCUCAAGACCAAGAACCCUUACUUCCCUCCCAUCAAUCAUCAGUGGUGCGGAGAGAAGCGCUUCGGACAAGAUGGACUCCCUCCUGUUCACAUUUAUCAGCACGAGCUCGUUCAGGCUGCCUCCAUCCACAUCUUCGCCAAGUUCCCUGUGACGGAGAUGAAGACGCUGGCAGACUAUCGCGAGUCCUUCAUCAAACGUCUUGUAGUUGUUGCCAUGCAGGUUCGGCUCAACGUCUACGCUCGCGGUGACCCCAUUGCCAUGGCCGAGUUCAGCUACCUGGACUCGCCCAGAGAAGGAUGUGCUGUCUGUGCUCUGGACAUGACGGCGAAUCCUCUAGCUUACCAGAAGGCCAUCGCCAUUGCCGUUAGGGAGAUCAAGCGCAUGGCCGAGCAUGGUCUCUCUGAGUCAGAGUUCCAGCGAUGCAUCUCAGCUCUUCUCUCCGACAGUUCCCAGCUGGCAGCACAGGGAGAUCGGUUGUCAAACCCCGACCAGCUGCAGUUCUUGAUGGAAAGUGUGUCCUGCGGGCACACGUUCAUGGAUCCCGAGCAGCUGCUGUUUGCUACUGAGCUAGUGGCCAAGACGCUGAGCAUCGAGGAGGUCAACGAAGUGGCAAAAGACAUCUGCUCGCACCUUGCCAAUUUUGGAAGCCCUGGGGCCCCGAUCCCAUCAUCGAUAGUUCUCUGUGCCCCCAAGGACAUCAGUGUGAGCGAGAACGAGAUCCUGGACUCUUUCUUGGAGGCAGCGAAGCAGGACGUGGAAGCCUCUGAUGAUGUUCUAGUCCCGAAGACUCUCAUCACCAGCGAGUACAUCUCGAAGAGAGUCGCCGACUUCCCUCCCUCCUUCGACAGGAUGAAGGAUGAGAACGUUGACAAGAGCUUCGAGGUUGGAGUGAUCACCCGCCAGCUCAGCAACGGCAUCUUCCUCAACUAUCACCCCAACGAUGCUGAGUCACAGCGAGCGUACCUCCGCCUGACGAUCCCUGCUGGCCGCAUCGAUGAGCUGGGGAUGAAGCUGGGGUCUAUGCACGUGGGAGUCAGGACGCUGCAGGAGGGAGGAGCGAUGCUUGGCCUGAAGAGGGAGCAGGUCGAAUUGUUCUGUGUGGACCACCUGAUCAUGGCCGAGUUCUCUUGCUCCGAGGAGCUCAUAUGGAUGGACUUUAUCUUCCCGACCUCGAAGGUGACGGAGGGCGAGGACGAGAUCACGGGCCUGGAAGGAGUGAUGCAGAUCCUGCAUGCUCUGGUCUCAAAGCAGCUCUUGUGGGAGGAAGAUGCGUUCGAGCGAGCGAAACAAUCGUUUGUGCAGACGUUUGCGCAAGUGAGCAAGAACCUCGAAGCGGCAUCGGCGGAGUAUCUUCUCGGCAGCAUGUGCAAGCAAGACGGCAGAUUCACUUGCGUCCCUCCCGAAGACAUCGAAAAGCUGACUCUAGAAGACGUGAAGCAAGCUGUCAAUCAGUUCCUAACCACUGACAACGUAGAGAUCUCUAUCUCCGGUGACUUCGACCCCAAGGUCAUGGACAUGCUCGCCCUUCAGUACCUCGGUACCGUCCCUCCGAGCAAGCAGCCGGCUCGACAGUCUCCCAGCAUCCCCCUGGCCUCCACCCCAGCUAAGGACCUCUUCUUCGAGAUCUCCGACUCCGACCCUCGUGCUGUCGCCUACGUCGCUGGAACGGCUCCGAAUCGCUGGGGUGUGAUGGCGGAUGGCGAGGAAAAGUUGGGAUACGGGACCAAGACUGAGAUGCCCGACGGCCGUGACUACCGGUCCCACCCCCUGUACCAGUGCGUGACGCUGCAGAUCCUUCAGGAGGUGCUCAACCGCCGUCUCUUCACCGUCGUGCGAGAGCGAGAGCGACUGACCUACGACGCCAACUUCCAUCUUACGGGCUUCGAGCGCGUCAAGGGAGGAUGGUACCUGGUGACUGUGACCGCGAAGCCGGAGCUGGCAGAGAAGGCGCUGGAGGCGUGCAAGAGGACGCUGCACUCGGUCAAGUCGUGGGACCCGAUCACGAUCGACAACAUCCGAUCUGCUGCCUACGAGCUGGUGUCGAAGCAUCAGGGAGGGCUGCAGACCAACCGCUACUGGGUGGACCUCAUGGCUGGCAUCCAGCUGGACGCGAUCCCCAACAAGGACAUCAGCUACAUCUCCGACUUCGUGCCAAUGGUGCAGUCGAUCCAAGUGUGGGACGUGCAGAGCAUGAUGGAGCACCUGUCGACCGACCGGGAUGGCAUGUGGACGUGCAUCGGAACUAGCGGGCACACCCAGGGAGGGGCUGACUCUGAAGAGAGCGACAUCCAUGGACACUCCAUGCCGGGGAUAGGAGCAGGACGAAGGACGCCUAUCCUGUAACUUUGCGGGAACCUUGCUCUCUCUCUCUCUCUCUCCUCGGGGAUACUCUGCUUUUAUUGAUUCACGACUUCCAAAAUUUUCUGUUCUCCUUUUUGAGCUGACAGCUAAAGAUAAACCUUGA